AACGUGCACAACAAGACGAGAGGUAUCUAUUAGGUACUUCGAGAUUAUUUGUCAAUAUUUUGAUUACAAUUUUCGUGCGAGGGUGCCGUCGUGUCUAACAGACCUCCAUCAAGCUAAUUGAUAGCUUUUGAGUGGUCAUUUUGCGUCACGUAUCUUACUUCCUCGUUUGAGUCGUGACGGAAAUGGACUUCUCUACAAACAGUUUUGUGAGAUCAUGUUCCUUAGACUAUGAACUUAAACCUGUCGAUGUGCUCAAACAGGCAGUCCCCAAACUCCUCCCAUUUUUCAAGACAUUUUGCAUCUACUUCAUACUAUGGCUGCCAGAAGCCAAGAAUCCUUCAAUACUGGCAGCUGCAAUAAAGAUCUUACCCAUCAUAAGCCUGUGUGGCUUUGUCAUCAUGCAAGGAGUGAACCCCCAUGACUAUAACAGCCACAUACUUCUUGGCCUUAUCUUCUCGAUGUUUGGUGAUAUAUUUAUAGUUUGGGAACAUAGCCAUUUCCAUUUUGGUGUGAUCUCUUUUGGUAUCGCCCAUCUGUGCUAUGCUUCAGCAUUCGGUUUCACACCAGUUAAUCCAUUAGUUUUAGUGGGUCUUUUGAUCCUAACUCUAAACACUUAUUCCUUGUACUUUCCAAACCUCAAUGGCUCCCUCAUGGGAACAGUUGCUGGAUACAUGCUGAUGAUAUCUGUUAUGAUCUGGAGAGCAAUCACAGGUCUUCAGGUUUCUUUACAUAGCCAAGCUUGGCAGUGGACCAAACUUUGUGCAUGCAUUGGAGCUAUUUCAUUUGGUUUUUCAGAUUUUAUUCUUGGUGUAAACAAGUGGUAUUUUCCAAUCCCUUAUGCUCGAGUUAUUGUUAUGGUGACAUACUAUAGUGCACAGUUAGGCUUUGCUCUGUCUUGUUUCACCACUAGUCAGGUUAAAUUGCAUAAAACCAAGGAAUAGGUUUUAAGCUUAGGUUUAAAGUAGGUUUUUAGCUUAGCUAAAAAAUAUACACUUAGUGUAUGAUCCCUAGGGAAACAGUUAGUUUUGUCUUCUCAAGAGUCCUGUUCAAUGUUUCCUUGACUUUAUCUUGGGAAAAAUCAGGACUCUUGGGAAAACAAAAGUAAUUAGUUUCCCAAGGGACCAUACUUUAAGUUCUUUGUUAUAUAUUUAGACUUUCCCUUAAACAGUUGUGUGCAGUUGUAUUUGGCGAGUGGGCAACAACUGCACAAUUGUAUCCCAGUUGGGAUACAUUUGAAUCUGACUAGGGGCAUGUGACCAAGAAUCAACCAAUUACAGUGCUCGUUUUGUUGAGUGAAAGUCUAGGUAUAUAACAAGUGGUAUUUUUCCAAUCCCUUAUGCUUGAGCUAUUGUUAUGGUGACAUACUACAGUGCACAGUUGGGCAUUGCUCUGUCUUGUUUUACCACUAGCCAGGUUAAAUUACAUAAAACCAAGGAGUAGGUUUUUAGCCUAGGUUCCUUUGAAGGAAGUUUAUGCAGUCAUGAAAGAAAGUCAAGGUACAGUUGAACCCAGCUUACUAAAACCUAGUUCACUUAACUCCCCUGUAACUCAAGCAAGAUCCAAUUUCCUUUGACCUAAUUUUUUUAGUCAUUUACAAUCCGUUAACUCAAAAACCCCAAUAACUCAAUUCAUUUUUCAUUUCCUUGGGGGGGGUUUGAGUUAGCAGGGUUCUUCUGUAUUUUAAAAGAAAAAAAGAGCUUUGUCUCCAUAGUUUGGGGUUUUUUCUAAGGCUAGUCAGGGUGUGAAAUAAUUUUUUUUUUCUGGUAGCCACUUGGCUCCUAAAUUCUUCAAAGUGGUAGCCAAUUCAAAAA